AUGGCCCUCUCCCUCACAGACCUCCCCUACACAAUCUUCACCACAAUCAUCACCCACCUCUCCCCGACCCAAACCAUCCUCUGCCGCCGCCUCUCCCGCGCGUUCCUCUCCGCCCUCACCCGCGCCGACCUCUGCAUCAGCCUCAUCCUGUGCCACUUCCCGCGCUCCCUCGAAGGCCGCCGCCUGCGCACGUACCUGAAGACGGGCAACCUCGCGGCCCUCGAGAGCGGCGACUGGGCCGCCGUCUUUGCGAGGCUCGCCCGGCGGUACUAUCAUCUGGGCAAUGCCCUGCCGUGGAAGGUCGAAAAGGUGGCGGUGUUGAAGGACGAGGAGGUGCUGAGGGGCGUUGAGCCGUGGGAUCGGCAUUUGAGCCUCAAUGGCAAGACGGCGGCGUUUCACUUUUGGGAUCCGGUCUGGACGGUUGCGCCCAAGGAGGGAUUGUUGGUGUAUCCGGCGCCGUCGCCGUCGCCGUCGCCGUCACUGCUCGAGGGAGAAGACGAUGACGACGACGAUAAGGGUGCGAGUGCUGGAGGAGCAGCAGCAGCAGCAGCAGCCAGGUAUUGUUAUAGGGCGAGGGAUCUACAGACGGGGAGGGAGGUUGAUGUGCCGUUUGAUCUGCGAGGCAGGAUCGUGAGGCGGGUGCGCAUCAGCCAUGGCGUUCUCGUCUUUGAGUGGUGCGAGCGGGAGCCUCUUUCAAGCAGCAGAUCGCUCGUCGGCGGCGGCAAUGAGGAGACGACGACGACGGAGGAACGAGUGCAUCGACAUUAUGCGACGGCUUACUCUGUCCGGAGAACGGGGUCCUGGGACGGCGUCAUUCCUCGGCGGCACACAGAUGCUGGCGUUGCCCAUGAUGGUUCGUCCGAGAUGCCGACUUGUUCGUGGGAGUUUGAGUUGUGCUGCGAGUUGAAGAUUCAUCCCGUCGGCCUGUCCCUGGAUCAUCACGACCGCUUCUUUUCGACGCACAACGCUACGCACUACGCCGUUUACACCUGGCAGCCUCCUCCUCGCAGUUUCGACGCUGCAUGGCCCGACGAUGAACCCCUCGAGAGCCUCACCAUCUGGGAAUUCAACCCUCCCAACUCUUACUCUCAACGCCCAGACGCCGCAUCAUCAUCAUCACCGCCCACCACCAGCUCCCCACGCAUCAUCCGCACCCUGAACAACGCCCAGCUCCGCGCCUUCGCCAUCCUCCAGCACGACGCCCCCGCCCUCCGCGCCAUGGCCCUCGACGACAGCACCUGGGACGCCGCCCGGGCCUCCGCCUGCGGCCACGUCUUCUUCACCGAGGAGGAGCACCGCUGGUCCGCCGGCCCGCACAGCAGACCCAGCCGGCCGCGCCUGCACCGCGUCAAGACGACGGGGAUUCCGCUCGUCGGCGCAGGGCCGCGGUGGGUGGACGACUGCGGAGGGGGAGGGGGCGUGAAUCUGAGGUUUUGCUGGAGGGGCCGCUGGAGGAGGGACAUGACGGAGAUGGAGGAAGACGAGGACGAUGACAACGACGGGGAUGGUGAGGCUUCAGUAGGGGGCACUGAUGAUGAUGAUGAUGGUGACGAUGAUAAGAAGAGAGGCAUCUGGUCUCCGGAGCGAGCGUGGAGUCACUCCCAGACAUGGCCCGGCCGCGCACCCUGCUGGCGCCACGACGACUUCCCCUACGUCACCCUCUCCGAGGUCUUUGACGCCGCGGCGGGCGUGAGGGUCAUUGCGAGGGACUGCUUCAUGCUGGAGACGCUCUCGGUGCACAUACGCCCCAAGAUCCGCGUCCAGGGGGUCGGCCCGAACGGGGCCAAGCUCGUCUCCAGACGGGCCUCGUCAGGCACAGACACCAAGAAAACGACGAGGACAUUCACUAAUACAGCAACUCCCUCUCCGCAAAUCGUGAAGAACAGCACUACUACUACUGCUAUUACUGCGGGUGAGAGGAAAAGCACAGCUACUAUUACUAGCAACACAGCAGCCCGCACGAGCACGAGCACGAGCACGACGACGACGACCCAAGGCCCAGACGGGCAUGAAGUCCAGUUCGCAGACGCCAUGUGGUCCGAGAUGAUGGGCAAGGGCUUCAUCUGCGGAGACGAGCGCUGGCUCGUGGGCGAGGACAUUGCCAAGGGCGAUGUAACCAUUCUCGUCUUUUGA